AUGUAAUAAAAAAUUGUGUUCGAUACCCAAAGUUUAUCUCAAAUGUAAAUGUUGAUCCUUAUUGAGAUGUCCAGAAGAAUAGAGGGAAAGCUACAAAUUACUAGGAUAAAAACUUUAAGAGGCAAAAGACUUUGAAAAUAAAUUACAUCAUAUGAAUGAUGAGGAUCAUGAAUGGGAAAAAUUAUAAAUAGAAUUAGAUUGCACACCUCAUAAUACUAAAAAUAGCAAAUACAUCAUUAGUAUUUAAUUUUUUAAUAAAAUUAGUUAGACAUGCAUUAGCUUGGCAUAAUUAUUUUAAAAGAGCCACAGAAUUUAGGGAUAGAAAUAUUUAUAGUUAUGAAUUAAUGGAUCCUCCACUUCAUUAUUUAGGUAAGAAACAGUGUGUAAAAAUGAGAUCUGAAAUAAAUAUGAUGGAAUUUGAUGUAGUUUAUAUUUCACCGCUAUUAAGGUAUUUAAUUAAUAAAUCAUUUAAAUUAGAACUAUAUAAACUGCUUAAUUAUUAUUUUAAGAUCAUCCUUAAAAAGAUAAAAUUUAAUUUAUAUUGUGUCCAAACAUAAGUGAAAAAAUCAGCAGUUAGUAUUCAAUAUAUAAAUGGGGAAAUUUGACCAAUAUUUUAUAGGAUGUAUUCUUAAAAUCAAUUUUAAAUAGGAAACCAACCCUAUUAAAUUUGACAUUAGUGAAAUGCCAGAGAAAUUAGAAUUUUGGUAAUUUAACUUAAUUGGAAAAUAACAAAAACUUGAAGGAUUAAAACCUUGCAAAGAAGAUUAAGAAUAGUUUUUAGUUAACAAAUUCGUAAAAAAGGGUAAAACAAUUAGAUUAGAAAAAAAUUAGCAUGCAGAGAAAAGAGUUAAAAUAUUCUUAGAAACAUUAAAAUAAAAUCAAUCAAAAACAAAAGUUGGAAUCGUUUCACAUUCAUAGAUAAUUAAAUUAAUAUUAUCUUAAUCAGAUAAAGUUGUAGAAACAAAAAUAAGAAAUGGCACAGUAUUAGGAAUUAAUAUUUGA